AUGAGGGAAACAAUGCCGUUUUUCGUGAGUUCGUUGCGCGCCGUCGACGACUGGAAACGAAUUCACGCAAAGCGCGCAGACGCGAUCACGCAAGCGGAACUCGAAGCCAACGCGAAGUACGUCAAGAGCCCGUUCGCUCGCUCGAUGAACGUUGAAGACCUGCUGCGCUUCUUGGACGACACCGUGCUGGAUAUCAACUUCAUGGUGCAACUUCCGUCGAUUGAAAAGUGCCUUGAGAGGUGGUGGAGGCUCUACGCACGCGACAAGCAAGCCAUCGACCAGGAUAUCCUGCGCAACGUAUACUACGAUCUAGCUUUCGUGCUUGUAGAGGCGAAGACGGAGGCGAUCCACAAGAACUCGGUGUCCAUGAUCAUGCGAUCCAGUUGGACGAAAUGGAGCUCAAAAGAGCCCCCACUAGGCAAAAGCGAGUUUUUUCGCCUGCUUUUCAUUCUUGCACACCUGAUGACAGCAACAGAUCGGUUAGGUGACUACGUUGUCUUCUUUCACGAUACGAUGGGUAAAAUUUCAAGCAACUAUCGCCAGAAGCAGAUCCGGACGGAGCAGCACAGUCGAAGGCCGAGGAUCCGGCGCAAGUCGACGCUGGACGAAAUAUUCAAGAACGGGGGCCCCAUUUCGCCGAAGCUAGUCUCGGAACGAGAUCGAGUGCAGCCUGCUACGCUUUCUCACUCGGGCGCUUCUCCUAACCAGGUACUGAACGUGCAGAUGGGUCGAGUGCCGAUCCAAACCGAAGCCAACCUCUCUGACGACGAAGAUCAAGGAGGCGAUUGCUUCGUGGAACUUUUGGAACGCAAAUCACGGUAUCAACGUGUCGUUGUUGACCCACUUUUGAAUGACCGACGCUUCCAAGAGAAGCUUAGGCACCCUGGUCGCGGUGUGAAUACCAACACGACCUCGAUGAACAACAUGCUGGCCGCCUUGAACCCGGUGAGCAACAAAUACUGCCCGCCUCUAAUGGCGCUCCUGCGACGAAGUUUAUCUCGAGUUACGCUGAAAACGCGCGUUGAUCGCAACAGGGUGGCGGGAGAAGAACGACUCAAGAACAGAGGCCAUGAAACUCCGUGGCACUCACCGAAGAAGGGACAAGACGAGAAGAAGGGCAUUUACCUGGCCAUUUCAACGUGA